GAAUCGAUCAACAAGAAAAGCAAACAGUAUCAGUGGUUGUUGAGAAAGAAUCGGAGCGGAACCCUCGAGAACUCCGCCGUACCGGAAAAUCAUCUCUGAUAACCUCCUUUACCGAUGGCGGCAGCUUCUCAUUCCUUAUCAGCACCGUUUUCUGGACUCACCGACCACCGAAUCCCCCACCACAAACCACCUUCCUAUCCCUGUUCUCACCACCUCUUCAUUCGUCCAUCGCUUCCCUACCUUUCCAACGCCUCCAAUAGCCGUCGUGGUCCUGCUACUUCCGUCAUCUGUGGCGUCUCGGACGACUUCGUUUCAACUCAAAACUCUGGCUCCUUCUACCAUGAAUUCUCCGUCAUCGCUAACAUGUUGAAGAAAAUCGAACCAUUGGAUACUUCUGUGAUAUCAAAAGGCGUUUCUGAUUUCGCCAAAGACUCGAUGAAACAGAUGAUUUCUACUAUGUUAGGGUUGCUCCCAUCGGAUGAAUUCUCCGUCACGGUUAGGGUUUCCAAACGUCCUCUUGUUCGCUUAUUGGCCUCUUCAUUGAUCACAGGCUAUACAUUGUGGAACGCUGAGUACAGGAUUUUGUUGAUGACGAACUUUGAAACCUCUUCAGUCGACAUACGUAAGAGGCUGAAUUCAGGUUAUUGUGAUGAUGAUGAAGCGGAUCAGAUCAAGGAGAGUGAGGGACUGUGUGACGAUGGUGUCGGGAUGGAGAAUCAGUCCGAAGAAUUAGAGAGAUUUAACUUCCAAAAUUGUUCAGAUGAUUUAUCUCCCGAGGCUAUGAAUUACAUUCAACAGUUGGAAUCAGAUCUGUCUACAGCCAAGAAGGAACUGCAUACUCAAAAGCAAAAUCAGAAAACUAUACAAAUCGGAUAUGCAAGAGGAAGUAACAAUGAUCUAUUGAAGUACUUGAAAUCACUCGAUUCCGAAAUGGUGAAUGAACUAUCGAAACCUUCAUCUUCAGAGGUAAAAGAAGUUCUACAGCAACUUGUAUAUUGUAUAUCAAGAAGGGUAUUUAAGGAAGACUUCGCCUCGGGGUUAAUCGGAGAUUCGAAAGUAGUCCAAGAAAACUACCAAAACGAUGAUGUUAACUUCUCUGAAACGCGGGAUUAUCUCGUCAAGCUACUUUUCUGGUGUAUGCUAUUGGGUCAUCAAUUAAGAGGCUUGGAGAACAAGUUAUAUCUGAACUGUGCAGUUGGUUUCUUGUGAUAAUCAGAUGGACGGGACCGAACAAAAUUUUGUGGUCCUACGUUUGGCGCGAGAUUAGACCGAGAGGGAAUAAGAACUUACUGUCGAACAUUUGGUGCGAUGUUAGACUCCGCAUAUGAUACAGGAUAAAAUUUCUCCCAUGUUUGAUGCAACAUUAUAGGUACAGUACAAAAACUUGUUGUCGAACUUUGGCACGACAUAAGACUCCGCAGUCCAAGUAACAU